GCAGUUUAUUAAUCAGGAAGUAAAGUACCGUUGUCAACAGAUUUCUGACACAUUAAAACUUGCGCAACACAGACUGUUUUGUAUCAUGGCAUCCUAGUUAUCCAUACAGCAAGCUAAACUAAUUAGCCAGCUGCUCAGUAAAUAGGCUGUUGAAGAACUUGUUUGGUGGGGUAGCUUGUUUGUCGUACAGUAUGUCUUAAUAACUGGUGGUAAAAUGCCAUUCUUUAGAGAAUAUACACCCACCAACCGAGAAAAUAAAUCUGCAUUACCAGUGUAGAAUUAACGCCUCGGAAGUGGCCAGUCGUGAGAUGAUGUGUUGUGCAAUGCUCUCAGAAAACAUUGAUGGCUCACACUUGGUGUUGCCUCACCCCUACAGUUUUAUUUAAAUAUAUAAAAUAACGGUAAAUUUAUCAGAAAACGGCUUAUCUCCAACUGUGGCAUUUUAGAACAUAAACACAAUGGGUUUCAGAUCCAUAUUGACUCCAUCUAACCCACAGGAGUAAUCUCAUCAUGAGUAGAGUCUACUACAUCCUCAGUGCUGCUCUUUUUGUGUUAGAAAUUCCAGAGACCAAGGCGCUGCUAGAAAACUCCAAUGACUGUUGUGAAAGAAUAAAGAGAAUGAAUGAAACCUGUGUGAAUACAACACUCUGUGAUCCUGGGCUCCUUCAAAUUCAGGAGAACAGUACAACAUUUUGUGUGUCCUGUGACUCAACAGAGCAGGGCAAUUCAACUUUACUUAACAAUACAAGGACUAGUCACAUUUCAGUACCUUUAAACACAGUGAUUGGUGGUCCAGGUGUAGCAGCUUCUGUCCUUCUAGGAACUCUACUGAUCAGCCUGAGUCUCAUCCUAUCGGUUGCAUCUUUCUUUUACCUUAAGCGUUCCAACCGCCUCCCUGGUGUCUUCUACAGGCGCAAUAAGGCUUUUAUAUUCCAACCAAGUGAGAAGGCUGUCAUGAUUCCUGAAGCUACAUCUUCAGUUCGCAAACCAAGAUAUGUCAGGAGGGAGAGGCCGUCAGCAACAUCAGCAUCCAGCAGUGCUACUGUGGCAACAGAGGCAGUAACCAAGGUAUACAAUGUGUGACCAGCCUCCAAGGGCCAGCUAUGAGCCCCCAAUAAAACAUGAGCCUGUUCUAUAGCACUGUUUUCUUAUAGGAUUUACUUUUUUGGUAAAAUUUUCCUUUGUAGGCAGCAUGAAGAAGUGAUAUGUCUUGAUGUAGGCUUUAUCUUGGAAACCUUUUCUCUUCACUAAAGCCAGUUAUUUAUUUCUAUUUAUAUAUUUUUCACAUAAUACGUUGUUCCUUUUUUUUAAGAGACCUGGUGUUGCACUACUAGAGUAUUUUUGAUUGUUAAGCUAUAAUUCAGUCUAUUAAGUUGUUUUUUCAAUGAAUUUUGUAAUGUUUAUAUUUAUUACCAGUAUUUUUGUGUAAUAUUGUACUUUUGAAUCUUGUGACAUUGAAACUAGGAUCCAAAAAAAAAAGACUUUCGCAGUUAGUCAUAUUUGCACACAACCUACUCCUCAAACCUUAUCAAAGUUAAAAAAUUAAAUAAAUAAAUAAAU